UGUGCGGAGCGGUGAAACCAGCCCCCAAAGCCGAGCAGACAGGGAAACCCCCGGGUCGCAGCGCCAGGACACUGCUCUUCCUGCCCGCAACGAAGGCGGAUAGCAACGGGCUCAGCCCGAGAGCCGAACGAAGCAUCUCUCAGUAUUUCUGGGAGGGAGGAUAAACCUCCGGCCGAUGGAGAACGCCAGCCCGAAGUAAAGCACAACCCGGCCGGCGUACGCGAACGCUCAGGACGAGCUCGCAGCCCACGGCGUGGCAAUGAAGCACGGUGGAGUCACCGGAGCAGGAGAUGGGCUGAGUCCCCACCGCACUGCAGAAGGGAAAGAUGGUGCCUCUGCUGCAGAAAACACCCCCCCGCGGGUACCACAGGGGAAGCUGGGGGAGCAGGGCUCGGUCCUCUACUCUGCUGGGCAGUUCUUCUUCGAGUACCUGGUGGUGGUGUCGCUGAAGAAGAUGCCAGAUGGACAUUAUGAGCCCAAGAUAACCUAUCAGUUCCCAAAGCGGGAGAACUUGCUGAAGGGCCAGAAGGAAGAGGAGGAACGUCUCCUCCAAGCCAUCCCCCUCUUCUGCUUCCCCGAUGGCAACAGCUGGGCACCUCUGGCUGAGUUCACCAGCGAAACAUUUUCUUUUGUCCUGACAAACGUGGAUGGCAGCAGGAAGAUUGGCUACUGCAGGCGGCUGCUGCCAUCCGGGCGUGGUGUCCGGCUCCCUGAGGUUUUCUGCAUCAUCAGCUGCCUGGGCUGCUUUGGGCUCUUCUCCAAGAUCCUGGAUGAGGUGGAGAAGAGGCGCCAGAUCUCCAUGGCAGUGAUCUACCCCUUCAUGCAGGGCCUUCGGGAAUCGCCCUUCCCAGCUCCAGGGAAAUCUGUCACCAUCAAAAGCUUCAUCCCUGAGUCAGGGACAGAGCUCAUCGAGCUCACACGGCCUGUGGAUGCCCACCUGGAGCACGUGGAGUUCCAGGCUCUGCUCCAGCGACUCAGCCCUCACCUCAUCCUGCACAUCUUUGCCUCAGCCAUGUUGGAGAGACGGCUCAUUUUCCUGGCCGAGGAGCUGAGUGUCCUGUCUCAGUGCAUCCACGCCGUGGCUGCUCUCCUGUACCCCUUCAGCUGGGCUCACACCUACAUCCCCGUGGUGCCAGAGUGCCUGCUGGACACCGUGUGCUGCCCCACGCCCUUCAUGGUCGGCAUCCAGAGGCGGCACCUGGCGCGGGUGCUGGAGCAGCCGAUGGAGGAGGCUCUGAUAGUGGAUCUCUGUGAAGGGAAGAUCAUCCGGGCGGUGGGUGAUGAGGAGGAGAUCCUGCCAGGGAAGCUGCAGAACGAGAUGCUGGUAUCUCUGAACAGACACAACAACAACAACAAUGUGCACACCUCGGAGCAGGUGAACGCCCUGGUGUCAGAAGCCUUCGUGCGCUUCUUUGUGCGGCUGGUGGGGCACUACGCCUCGCACAUCAAGUGGGGCCGGAGCGGCGCCGGCAGCUUCCAGGAGCGCGCCUUCUGCAAGGCCGUGGGCUCCAGGAGCUGCCGCAGGCUGCUGAAGAGGUUCGUCAGGACAAACAUGUUCUCCCUGUUCAUUGAGGAAGCGGAGAGGAGCAGGAUCCCACAGGAAGCAUAUUUCCAGCGGAAAAUAAUAGAGUACCAAGAACAGAAGAAGCACCGAAGGGACUCCUGAAGAGCAGCCUGGGAGCAGAGGAACAAGACCAGCAUUGACACAUCCCUGCCAGCAGCAUCACACUGCACUCUGUUCCUGCCACCUGGGAUUCCUGAGCUGCCUGGGCAGCACUGAGCACCAGUCCUACCCUUUCUUCCUCAGGGCAUCAUUGCACUGGAAAACUCUUUGCACAAAACUAGCGCCAGGCCGGGAUUUCUUUCCCACUGGUGGUUGCUCCAGGAGCAGACUGUGACUCCCAGUGCUUGCCCUGCACAGUCCUUGUUCCCCCAGCACCUCACACAGAGGGAGAGCAGCCAGGGCUGGCUGCAGAACAACAGGGCUUUAGAUCAAUUAGAAGGGGGAUGAAAAAGGGAUGAGUAGGAAAUAGUGUUACUUCUUAUUAAAAAAAAAACCAGGGGUUUGCAAAUAAGGAACAUCCCAUUGCACAGUUCCUGAGGUUUUGUUAUUAACAACUGUUUUAUAUUGUUUUAUUGAACCGUUGUUAAACACCAGCAAGAGCAGGUGGGGGGGGAGGAGCUAGUAGUCGUUUCCUCUCUCACAGCUGUUGCAUCACUGGUGUCACGAAGAGCCAAGUUUGGCUUUCUAAGGAAAUAGAAAAAUAGUGAUUUCCAGCAGGUUAUUUAUUAGUGCUGGAGCAAACUGUGAAGGCCACAUGGCUGUAGGGUGUCAAGGGGGAAACAGCUGAUCAGCAGCCUUGGGUAGGGAGAAAGGAUUUGUUCCAUCCCAGAGUAAAAUGUGUCACAAUCCUCCUUGGGUCUGGUCUUGGUGACAACUUCUCUUAAAACCUCACAACUCCUCUCUUAAAUGUGAUGCCAGCAACAGAUUCAAGCUAAACGACGGCUCUCCUCCUUUCUGAAUACACUCACCCAGGAAAUAAAUACUGCAGCUGGGAAGCUGGGCUGGGACUGCAGAUCUGACUGGUCCCACCCACAGAAAUGCAAGCUAGGUACUUCUCCCAGCAAAGGCUGGGGAUGAAGGCAGAGCUUCAUUCUCCUCCCUGGGAUGUUGCAGCCAGGCUGUUGCAUCACUUGGUACCCACCAGGCAUCAAAAUUUCAAAAAUACCCUGGGACCAUGGAAUCUCAGACUGGUUUUGGAUGGAAGGGAUGUUCAGGAUCACCCAAUCCCACCUCCUGCCAUGAGCAAGGAACCUUCCACUAGCCCAGGUUGCUCCAAGCCCCAUCCAAGCUGCCUUGGACACUGCCAGGGAUCCAGGGGCAGCCACAGCUUCUCUGGUGUGCCACCCUCAGAGAGAACAAUUUCUCCCCAGUACCCCAUCUAACCCUGUCCUCUUCCAGUGGGAAUCCAUUCCUCCUUGUCCUGUCACUACAAGGCCUUGUACACAGACUCUCUCCCUCUUUCUUGUGGUUCCUUCAGGUA